CGCCACCCAGUUCUUUUCAAUGCUCGUCUUCCAUUAAACACUCAAAACACACACUUACCUGUUGCAUGUAUGCCGCAGGGGGAGGGGUGGGGGGAGGAAGGGGGCGUGACACAUAAAUAUUGAGCAGCAGCAGCCACCAGCAUCAUUCCAGCACCAGCCUUGCCCUAACUAUCUUACCUACCUGUCUACAGAGCAAGAUGCGCAGCGGUGUGUUCGUGGCCGUGCUGGUGCUGGUGGUCCUCGCUGCCCUCCUCACCCAGGGGCAGGAGCUUCAUGUUCCCGAGCGUGAGGCCGUGGCCACCCUGGCGGCACGCAUCCUGAAGGUGGUCCACGGCCCGCAGGAGGCCGCCGCAGGUCUUCCUCACAAACGCAACUCUGAACUCAUCAACUCUCUGCUCGGCCUCUCCCCACUGAUGAACGAGGCCGGCAGGCGGUGAUGGGCGAGCCCUUCACGCCCUUCCCUGCUGCAGGCUGAGGCGGGUCGUCGCCGACCUGCUGCAGGCCUGUCCCUUCCACCACGCAUUGUAUCACAAAUUUAAUGAAUAAACUGUACAACAACAAGAACAAAAUAUUUUUUUCCUCAUCUUUAC